AUGCUUCGCUUCUACCCUGGCAAUCCAGACUUGCAAGAAUACUUGAAAUAUGCCAUCCAGGACGGCAUGAUUCCCGUUGCUGUCUUCGUGGCUACUAUGCUUCAAGCGGCACGUUCCCCAGACCUGCAUCACCCUGCCACCCUAGACAUGUUAUGUCGCAUCGCUUUGGAUUCACACUACUCUUCUGGUUCUCCCCCAAUGGGUUCUGUCGUUCCUUAUGGAGAGUCAGCAAUAAUUAUUGUCGGAACGGUGCAGGACGCAUUGGCACUCCUGCGAACGGCACACGCCUUGCCCCUUACCCACUUUCACCAGCUCACCACCUCUGCAUCUGAGCUAGUCAUACUGCUUCUCUCAUUGUCUACAACCCAGGCAUCGAUCCAGUUGCAAGAUAUCACUGAAAUCCUUCAAAAUUUUCGACUGACCCCAGUCGUCAGGCAGGCUUUGGAUAACUACAUGGUAUCUCUCAGCUUUUUGACUGGAGAUAAUGCCAAGGCUGCUAGGGAAGCCCAAAUGAUGCAUUCGCUUCAAGUCGCUUUAGGCAAGGAUGAUGUUUCUGGGCCUAAUUCUGAUACGGACGUCAUUACUUUUGGCUUGGAACUUCAUCACCUUGUUACUCAUACAGCAAGGCGUUUCGGUGCUGGCUGUGGACCUGAUGCUGUAGCUUUGUUAGUGGGGACCUUCAGAUGGUCUUCCUGGCCGGCGUCUGUGUUCUAUACACAACUUUUCACAGCUGCACUGUUAUGUCUUUCUCAGGCUCCUCCAUCGACCUGUUUCAUCUGGCGUGCAUUUAUUGUUGGAAGGCUUCCUGCCCUCCUAAUAGCAUUUGAAGAGGCCAUGACCAGUGAUAACACCGUUGACCGCAGCGCAAAGCAAGCUGCCAUGUCUAUCUUCCACCGGCCUGAUAUUCUGGCACAUUGCGAACAUGUUCUCGCGUCCGCCGAGGGAUCCGACCCCCUUCAUCCUAAUCUACCAUUUUCCAGAGAACUACUGCGUCAACUCGUGGACACCGGCCUACUGGAUGGUCGUAAUGCCCUCGGCGUGGACCCAGCGGUUCUUGAAAAGACCCUGCUCCCUCUCCACGCAGAGGCUCAAAAUGCCGGAUUUGACGUAGAGUCCUACAUAGAUUCCAAACUGCCCGCUGACCUCGCAAUCGAAGACGCGCAUAUUCUUUUCGACCGAAUAUGCAACGAAGCUGCUACCCACACUGCCUUUGCCAGUGUGGUUAUGAAGCGCUUCAUCUUACUGUCCAACUCAUUUGACGUAGAAGCCCCAAGCCGACUGUGUAAAGCACUGUAUUUACAUCACAGAAUAUUGGAUAUCGUAUCCUUGCAUGUCAAAAUAGACGAGCUCCUCUACCAGACAGUGUCUUUGGUGGACAGCUACGACUGCGAAACCAUCGGCGAUCCACAGACGGCAGUAAGCCAUCUCGGGGACAUCGUUCUGUUUUCUCAGUACACGUUGGCGCACUUUAAUUUGGACGCAAAAAUGUUCGUUCAAGGAGAUAGAACUGUAUCUGGAUUGUUCCUCCAAUCGGCCUCCCAAGUCUUCCUCCAUGAAUCUCUCUCUAGUGAAGAUACCCAAGCAUUUAAUGCCUGGUUCAAAACACUAUUUGAUAGUGGCAGUGAAGGCAUCGAAGACACGAUACUAAGGUCGAGCCGUCCCAAAACAUUGCUCAAGAUAGCUGCGACACUGUUCUCGUCAGCCAUCAGCUCUCGAAUUGAAGGGAAAAUAGAUGGCGACACUUUGAACAAUGGCAUCUCAUUCUUUACUGGGCCCCUUCUAAGCUGGACCCUGGUUGGCGUAGUGAAAUUUCUUCUCCAAGAGAUUUACAGAAAAGGAUUCAUGGCCCCAGUGCACAUAGAAGUCCUUCAGACUCUUCUGUUGUCACCGUCAUGUCCAAAACCAGUGCUUGUUCUCUGCGGUUCCCGUAUCUUAACCCUCUUGGCAUCGAAGGCAGCUAAAGACCGGCUCGCCGCGGUGAGAUUUGACGUUGCGACUGUUCAACGGCUUGUUUCCGAGACGCUAGGGCCGAGAGAAAUCGCCCAUAUUCAGCAUGCAAUGUCUCUCGGAAUGCAUGUUUCAUGGCAGGAGCAGUCGAAACAAGCAAUCCAAAACGUUCUAGCAAUGGCCCGUGCUGGCAAAGCGCCGUCAAUUAAUUUAGACCGCCUCGUAAAAACGACGACGCCGUCAAAGUUUUUGCGGAGCUUAUGGACAGAACUAUCCCUUUCGGCUGGCCUGGCAGAGACAGAGACCUUCCGAAGAUUCAUAACAUUUGUUCUCACCACACCGCUGUCGUCAGCGGGACCACCUCUGCUACCAAUAUUUUUGCACACCGUGCUGCCAUCCCUUCUAGUUUCGGUGGACGCUUCACAGACCCAUGCGAACAUCGAGCUAUUGGUCAUAACGGUUUCUUCUGUUCUGACUGCGGCUUCGCACCUCGAAUUGGCGUUAAGGGGGACCCGCUGGGAACACCGCUUGGUAUUUGGACAUCCGAUCGCUUCAAUGGCGCGAAGGUUGGCGACCGACCUUCGCAAUGCGAAUAGUUAUGCUGGUACAGCCAUCAUUCAACGACUAAGUUCUUCUCAGUCGUUUGUUGCAAAUUUCCCUGUAUUUAUGGGUGAAGUAGGAGUGUAA